GGCGUGCGGUGGGAUUCCGCCCCUCCUGGCAGCGCGUCUGCUGGACGGCCGAGCUCUGCGCGGCGAGCGCUUUUUGUCCCCUGCCGCUUCUCGUACCCGGGCCGCGGGCUGGGGGCCGUAGCCGCGGGUGGAGGACAGCGGCCGGUGCCCGCGGGCGCGCCCCUCCCUCACCGCGGGGGCAGAACCCGCCCAGGGUCACGGCCCGCCAGUCCCGCUCCGGUGACUCCGUUCCGGGGCGGCCCCGCCCGCCGCAGUAGUCGCGGCCGCCUCCGUCCCGCCCCGUUCAUGCUCCCGGUCGCCAGGACGACCCGCCAGCUCGGCCGCGGCCUGCUGAGUGCAGCGCGAAUGGGCGACGCCACCUCCGCCAUCAUCCGCCCCCAGGAGGCCCUGCCGGGCCGGAAGGAGCCGAUCCCCGUGGCGGCCAAACACCAUGUCAACGGCAACAGCACAGUCGAACCUUUCCCAGAGGGGACGCAGAUGGCUGUGUUUGGCAUGGGCUGUUUCUGGGGAGCUGAGAGGAAGUUCUGGAGCUUGAACGGCGUCUACUCAACUCAAGUCGGCUUUGCUGGUGGCUACACUGUCAACCCUACGUACAAAGAAGUCUGCUCAGGGAAGACCGGUCACGCCGAGGUGGUCCGCGUGGUGUUCCAGCCCGAGCGCAUCAGCUUUGACGAGCUGCUCAAGGUCUUCUGGGAGAACCACGACCCGACCCAAGGCAUGCGCCAAGGCAACGACCACGGCACCCAGUACCGCUCGGCCAUCUACCCGACGUGUGCCAAGCAGGAGGAGGCGGCCCUGCGCACCAAGGAGGCCUACCAGAAGGUUCUCUCGGAGCAAGGCUACGGCCAGAUCACCACCGACAUCCGCCCGGGACAGGCCUUCUACUAUGCAGAGGACUACCACCAGCAGUACCUGAGCAAGAUUCCUGAUGGCUACUGCGGGCUCGGGGGCACUGGUGUGGCCUGCCCGAUCGGCAUCAGAAAGUGACCACCACGGCCGUCUGCUCUGGAGGCAUAGCCUGCAGCCGGGGCAAUGCGUGAUUGAUCUCUAGUGGGGGACAGGGCUUGGAGCAAGGGUGACCGCUGUGCUGCUCUCACCAUGCCUGAUCCAGGCCCCUGCCAGGGAACCCAGGGCAGGGGCGCUGGAAAUCCUCCCUCAACCUGCUCCUGCCACAGUGCUCCCCAUCCCUCACCCCCACCCCACCCCCCGUGCCUUAUUUGCAGUCUCCCCCAUGAAUCAUUUGCUGAAACGGCUCCACUGGUGAUGCUUACACACAGGCGCUGCCUCUCUGAGAAUUGCUGAGAAAUGCUAAUAAAGCUUUGCUCCCUAGC